AUCCCCGAAUAAUGUCUCAAAUCGCAUCGUCUCGAUAGAGUAGAUCUGAGUUAGAAGUUCGGGUGUAGGCUCUAAAAGACUAAGUUUUUUUUCAAAAAUCCUGUCAAGUGUUUAUUACUGCUGUAUCUGUAUCGAUUGCCUUUCACAAGCACAGAAAUUUCGAUUGUCUUGAAGAUACGCACUACACAGGCGGACUGCUCAAUACAGCGAAGGGCGACGAGUGGCGCGCACGCCUUUUGUGAGUGAACUACUCAUUUCUGUUAGCAUCUGUUACUUCUUCGAGGACAUUCGUAAAACACUAGACUCUAAAAUGGGAGAGCGAUUGUUAAACAUUGCACACCCGGACUCAGCAAAUCUGACAUCGAGUGGGGUGUCUACCGCAAAGAAGGAUGCUAUCAUUGCCAUUUGUUUUGUUGCGCUGCUUUGUAGGACUGGAGCAGAUGUCCUGUGCAAGCCAGAUCAGAUACUGUUGACUUAUACCGGAAAGGUGGGAUAUCAAUGUUUAGACUGUCCCACAUGUCCCCCCGGAUCGCAGCCUUCUGUUCCAUGUGGAUCCACUAUCGAAAACUGGACAGCCAUUCACUGUGUUCCAUGCCCACUUGGAAAAGCAUUUUCUGACAAUUAUGAUAAAGCUCAGUGCGCAGCUUGUUCCGUAUGCUCGACAGGGAAGGCAGUACUCAAGAACUGCACUCGCGUCUCAAACAGUAAGUGCAGUAGAUGCAGAAACGGAUAUUACUAUGAGUCUUUUUCAUUUGCUUGCAAGCCUUGUGUGGAAUGUUGUAGCGAUGGAAAUGACGAGUUCGCCAAAGAAUGCGAACGCUACGAUCACAAAUGCCAAGUUCGACCCACGCCCUGCAGCCACACCCGGACAACUCUUUUGGGAACAACAACACCCACUGGAACUUUGCCAACAACUCAGGAGACACAUCUAACUGAUAUGUAUAACAAAACAACGACGGGACACAAAGAAGAGAAAGGCUUACCUUUUAAUGAGUUGAAGUCGUCGUUGAAACCAACUCAGGUUGACUAUAAGGUCUCAGAAGAAGAACGAGAGUCUGGAAAUGCUACUGGAACUGAGAUUCCGCUCGCAAUAAUCUCGUUUGCGGUAAUUGCUUUGCUUUCCAUAGUAAUUAUUGUCUUGAUUGUUCUUAAGAAACCAAUUAGACUACGACUAACACUGAGGCAUCCAAGAGAGGUGGAUUCGAGUGAUAUUGAGAAUUAUUCUUCUCACGGAAGAAUACGGUUUGUGUCUAAUCAGUCCCAGUCCCGUGGCUCUGCAUCUCCUCUUCUCCAUCCAGCUGCACUCUCUAAUCAUAAUUCGUUUACACAACACCAGCAAAAUGAAUUAGCAGCAGAUGCACUGAUUGAGUCUGGAAUAUCUUUGUUAAGUGAACCAGCAUCACUACUCCAAGAUGGGUCUGAAUCCUCUCUUCCAAACCGUCCGGAACCCCAUCGUCCUCUUCAGUCUGAAGCAACUCAAGCAAGUGGAUCUACGUCAUCUCUUCACACCUUGACUGAUUCAUCUGAGGCAACUGGGUCAUCACCUCUAGUAGGUCUGUCGAAAGAGGCACCUACUCCAAACCCUUCCAAUUCAUCCGAACCCAACCAAGGUGCGUCUUCUUUGACCAGUGCCUGUCAAUCAGCUCAGUUUAGAAGGCCUGAAUCAUCUCAUCUAGAUCACCGUGAUUCACCCAAAGGCAAUCCUUGUUCUAUUUUGUCCUGUCCUACACAAUUACCAUCUCAGAAUAGAAGAUGUGCAUCUUCACAGGCAACUGAUUCCUGCUCACCUAUACAAGCUGAAUACACAUGUACAUCAACGACUGGUGGUAUGACUCUUGAAAAGCUGGAUGAAAAUCAUGUAGAAACGUUUGAAUGGAUGUGCAUGAAACUUGAUGAAAAAAGAUCAGGUAUGCGAUAUGACUUUGAAAAGUUGGCUUCAUGCUACAAAAUUUCGCUCACAGCUCGUGAAUCUUUGAAACAAGAGUUCCACAGAGGUAGUCCUUCUCAGGCUUUGAUGGCUCAUAUUAAGGCUGAACACCCAAAUCUGCCCAUUUAUCAACUUAUUGAAGACCUGGAAAAAAUCGGGCGGAAAGAUAUAGCGGAGGGAUUAAAGCCACACGUGUUUGGAAACGAUGACAGAUCACCAACACCAGAUCGCUCACCUCGUGUUAAUUGCUAGAGUAAGACUAACUUACUAAUUGAUGCGUCGAUCAAAUGGAAGCUUCAACAUCCCCCCGAGCAGCCCCCAGGGCGUUUGAACUAAAUUCAAAGAUUAGUUAGAUCAGCCCCCCCCCGGCCAAAAUUGCGUUCAAAUGUCGCACCCAAUGUUGUAGAAUCUAGCUAAGUCGGUGUUUGGUGUUGCUGUUGAAUUUUUCGCUUGUAAGCAUCAAUCUGUGAUGUAAAAAUUGUCUUUCUAAGCCAUUUGCUUGCGAAAGCAGACUCUUUACCUUUACAUUCUUGAAACACGUCUAUAACGCCGGAGAGAUUUGACAUUUCCGGUUCAAACGCCUAAUUCCAUCCAGGCAAGGUUCAAAUUCCCCUCCUCCCGGCACAGAGAGCAAUCAAAUACCUGUUGGCUGCCCGGGGGAUGCUGUUACCGUAACUAGUCUAAUAAGCUUGAGGUGUAUGUAACUUUUUGGGCUCACAGAUAAACUUUCUGAGACAAAAAUGCAGAUUAAAAUUUUCUUCUGCUUUAUUACCAAAAUUUAUGUACACAUUCAGUUACUGCAUUUACUUGGUUAAGUGCUUACGAUACUGAAUAUAGGAACUUUCCAAUAUGAGUCAUAUUUUUUUUGUUAUUGCAACGCUAUCUGACCUGCCUAUACAAAAAUCAUUUUUACCGGAAAGGGGGGAGGGGGAAGCGGGAAAAGGGAAAAGAAGGGUUUGAUAGAGAAGGAGGUAGCUUGUUGUAUACUUGACGUUUAAGAUGGUGGCUCACUAUAGCAUUAUCGGUAAUCGUCUCGUAAUAGAGAUAGUUUCCACUGAAAGCCAGAGAAAAUACUUUUUUUAACCGCAAUUCAGUGAAUAUUUCUUUCAAAGUGCGCAUUUAUGCAAGGCGAUAACGAAAAUAUGCUUUUACCCCUCUGAAUAACAUUAUCGUCUUCACUUCAAUUUGAUCUAUAGGGCUUGUAAUGAGAAAGAAUUUGACUUGAUUUAAAAAAAUGCGAUCUCGUCUUAGCAUAUGAUAAGAUUGUCUUGAGGUUUGCUUUUUAUGUAA